AUGUGGCAUAGUAAAAAGUUUAAAUAUUUGUUUUUUUUUUCUUUUCAGCUCAAAUGCUGUGGUGCUGAUGGUCCCGGCGAUUGGGCCACUAGUCGUUUUAACAAUGUCGAUCGUACAAAUAUAGUUGAUAUUGCCAUUUCUUCGAUGAAUGUCUUCUACAAUAUACCCGAAUCCUGCUGUAAAGAUGAACUCAAAGAAAAUGUAUGUGAAAUGUCGAGAAAAUUGAAAUUUGGAGGAGCUUUAAAUGCCGCCAUACAUCAACAGGGUUGUGUGGAUAAACUGAUUGAUUUCAUAUACGAUAACUGGGUCGUAAUCUUUGGCAUAACGGCUGGUGUUAUUUUAUUGGAAUUAUUGGCUUUGACAUUCUCUUUAAGUUUAUGCUGUGCCGUCAGAAGUCAUCAGUAUAAAGCCUGAGAAUUACAGAAUUCCCAAAGGGAAAUAUCCGAUGAUGAAAAAUACUAACCAUAUUCUUUAAGGAGACAGCGACAACAGCAGCAGCAUCAGCAACAGCAAAAACAACAGCUUAAAUAUAAAUUAGGAUAAAAUAAAGAGAUUUUAUGAUAAAUCUGUUAAAGAAAUGUUUAGAGUAAAAAUUUCCCAAUUUUGGGAAAUAAUUUUUAGUUUUUUUAAUUAAAAAUUUUGAAAAAUUUUAAAAUAUUUUGGACUAGAAUCUCGUAAAAUAGAUUUUUUUUCAAUUUUUCUUAAGAAAAUAAGAAAAACAAACUGCAAAUCAUAAGCAAUUUCUGUGUAAAUAGUAAAACAAUGAAUGCAUUUUUUCUGGUUUAAAAUUUCUUUAAAAACAAGAAAUAGAAAAUCAUUAGAAUUUCGCCAAUUUUUUCUUUAAAGCUCCAAAAAAAAAAACGACUUAAACUUAAUUCUCUUAAUUCAUAAUAUUAAGAACAGUAAAAGUAAACUGUUUUAAAAGUUAAGUUUUUGAAUAAAUUUAAUUAUUUAACAACAGAAAGCCACUUACUUUAGAGAAAACACUUAAAGAAAAGUCAAACAAAUAAAUACACAAAAAUUUUGUUUAAAUUUAUUUAAGCCUUAAGGAAGACUAAUUAAUAAAUUAAUAAAAUAUAAAAGAAAAACAAAGCAAUUUUUUUUAUAAGAAAUUAUAAGUUAAAUUUUUUAAUAAAAUCUAAGAAAAAAAAAAAUAAAGAACAUUAAAAAAAAACUCACCACACUAGACAUAUAGACUCAAAUUUCACCACCUAAAGCAUUUAAAAAGGAAAAAGUUAAGUAAAGAAUAGAAAACUAAAACACUCAUUUUCAUUUAAAUAGUUUUUCAUUAACUAAAUAAAACUAAAAAUCUAACUUAAAUUUUAUUUUAUAAAAACCUAAAAAACGGCAAAUUUCAACAAAUUUAAACAAAGGGCGGGUUUUUCAGAUGAAGUUAAAGUACAAACUUUGUUUAAACACAGUUUAAUCUAGGUUUUGUGUUUGUGAGUAAUCAGUUUAAUUGUUUGUUAUCUGAUUAUUAUCUUAGUUUAACUAAUAGUUAUUGGCCUAUUAAACUUAAGUUAAAA